AUGGGCGUGCCGGGCACCUGUCUGCUGCUCUGCACCCUUUUCGCACGAGCUCUGAGCUUUCGAUCGGCGCAGGACCUCGCGGAUCUCUCCGUGGCCUCGGCGUCUCCUUGGGAAUCCUCGGCUCUGAGGCAGCUGGUGGCUUUCGACAGCUUCGGGGCCCCGGAGGUGGAGGAGGAUGGUUCAGGGCUGAUUGCCUACCUCUUCGAAGAGCUAAUAAAGAAAUGCGAGGCAGCCAACACGAGCAAACUGGGUGAGGUCUGUGCUUCGGCGGAUGCCGAAGGCUUCGUUGCGAAGAUCUCGGAGAAGUUGGCAUCGGCAGAUCCCGAGGUGGCAGGCUGGCUCUGCAAAGCUGAGAGCGCGAUCAUCGACACCGAGAAGUUUCGGCAGGGAUGCUCAACGGCUUCUCAGAGUCUGAUGAGCGGCAUCAAGGAGCUCCUGGCGGACAAGAUGAACUGGAAGGUUCUGGGCAAGUUCGCGGCCUACACCGCGCAAGCUGUGGCGGCCGUGGUACCCUUGCCACCACCUCUAGCAGCGGUGUUGGAGAAGCGCUCCGAUGUUGUUAGCCUUGCGGGCUUUGCGGUUUCGGGCUUAAAAGGUGUUCUGUGUGGGAUGUGA